UUUGGAGAUAUUGUAGAAUGCUGGGCUGGCUCACCGGCAGUUUCACGCAGGAGUAGGCGUGGUCAGAGUGAUUGACAAUCGUGUUGGCUGUGAGGCGGAAUAGAAAUGAGCCGGUACACUAUAACAUUGCCUGCCCGAGUCAGAGAAGAUUGUAUAACUAGAAAAAGCAGAGUGGACUUUAUGAGCUUAACAUAAAUGAGGAAUUUUGCAGAAGUAGCAUAAUUCCUGAUCAAUGCAAGCGGUCUUAUUUUUUCUGGACUGAAGAUCUCUUCUUGGUGGUGGUCUACAGACAUGCCUCCAAAGUUUAAACGGCACUUGAAUGAUGAUGAAGUGACUGGCUCAAUCAGGAGUGAACGGAGAAACCUUUUGGAAGAAGAUUCAGAUGAAGAGGAGGAUUUUUUCUUGAGAGGACCUACUGGACCAAAAUUUGGACCAAAAAAUGACAAAAUUAAAAGGGUACAAAACCAGGUGGAUGAAGUUAUCGAUGUGAUGCAGGAGAACAUUACAAAAGUGAUAGAAAGGGGUGAGCGAUUGGAUGAACUGCAGGACAAGUCUGAGAGCUUAUCAGACAGUGCAACAGCAUUCAGUAACCGAGCAAAGCAUCUGAGACAGCAAAUGUGGUGGAAGGAAUGCAAAAUGAAGGCAAUCGUGUCAUUGGUUGUCAUUAUUCUUCUGUUAGUAAUUAUCGUACCCAUUAUUGUGAAUUUUCAUUAAGCAUCUCAGCAAGAGAAAAUGGCACAGCGGAUGGAUGAAGUGAAUUGGAAUUUAAAGUUGCGGUGUUCCAUUCCUAACUUGUCCUGUACAAGAAACUGUCCCUGUGCCCAUGCAGGUGGGGGACCCACAUGUUCAGUGUGAGAGUACGUGAGACUGCUGCACUCUGCCAGUUCCUGCUUAAGUUAAGACUCUUACCCUAAAGUUGUAGGGAGACAUUGAAUAUAUGAUUUUUGUUUUGUUUCAUCAAGUGUGUGACUUUGUGUAUACAUGUAAUUAAGAGCUUGUGUUUGGGGGCUAAAUGGACUGCCCUACCUCAUUACUGUUGCUGCCUUUGGGGUUGUUCUUGGGUAUUACUAUUCAUAGGCCGCUGCACUGUAUACAGAUGUCAAGUGUUUAAAAUCAGUCCAGAAAUCCAUGAAUGGUUACAAGUUGUGAUUGCUGCUUGUAAGUAUCGUAUUUCUGUUUUGUCCUCAUUUGAUUUCGAACAUACCAUGGUACCUAGUGUAGGACAAAGAUAAAAGUAUGGAGAGCAUACUGAAAAUUCUUAAACACACAAUGGUAUCUGCAGCUCCAGUGGCAGAAGGGGGUUUGCUACCCCCUUUUUUUAAUUCCCUAAAGUAAAUCAGAAGGAAAUUUUAGACUAGGUUGAAUCGUCCAGGCACCAGUAACUAAUGACCCUGUGGCUCUCCCUCACUUAAAGUGAAAGUGUGUAGUUUGAGGUAACCAGUUGAAAUGCUACAUUUCUUCAUCUGCUGAAGAACAAGAAUUGCAGAGUUUGUCAAUGCUGUGUGUGCCAUACUCAGAAAAAGCAGUUGUUUUCAUUUAUGAGGCACUGUCAUUGAAGCUGUGUUGCAUCUGUUUUUUCACAACAGUGUGCUGAGAAACAUGGCUUGGGUAAGCACUCGAGGGAUUUAAAAGUGAAUUGUAAUGGAGAUUAUCCAAAAGGAGUCCACAUCUAGUUUUGUUGUACCACAAAGUGUGUGGGCAGAGAAGAUUUGCCUAUAGCAGUGUCUCCUAGCAUAGUGUAUUGAAAGUUUCCGAAGAUGCACUGUUAAUUUUUUUUUUGUUCCUUCCUUUCUCCCUUCUGGACAGAUCACCCCGUUCCUGAUGUUACUUCACUGCAGUCUACCUAGCAGUAUUCUUACCACAGUGCCCACCCUCCAGAAGAGAGAGAUUGCUGGAGUUUCCUGCCAUCAUGGUAGAAUCUGUGUCAUAUGAGUUGUAUGUGGACUACCUUUAGGUCUUGAGGAGGAAUGACAGGUACAAGUGAUGUGACACCUGUCAGUCCAUUUUCUCCAUAAUUCCUGAUGACGAGCAUUGUGUUUUCUUCAUCCUGCUGACCAACAGUGGUGCUCCAUCAAAAUGUGGAGGAAAUGGUCUAAAAUUAGGCUGUACCUACUCCUUGUAGAGAUGACAAGUCUGUGGAUUGUUUCACACAAACUGGCACAUAUCACUUGUCAGAUUCAGCCUUUUGGUGUUUUUUUUAAAGUAUUAGUAUGGUGUAAGCAUUCUUUUCACUGAAACUUUAAUGUUGUAGUUUAUAAUGAAAUCUUGGUCAGUUCAUUUCAGAAAUACGUUGCCAAAUGUUUUAUUAGAUGAAUAGCCUAACCUUUUUCAGAGCUUUCAUCAAAACUGUUAAGAUUUGCAGUUUGCUUUUUUACUUGACACUUGUUUUUAGAUUGAGUUAUAUAUUUUAAUGCUUGAUCUGCAAACCACUGUACGGUAUUCAGGGGCUGCAGGAAUUGCACACCCACCCCAUCUGACUUAGUCACACUGUACUUUUAUUCCCAAAACCUGUUUACUGUCUGUAGCUAAUGGAAAAACACUUGUGCAUGCUGUACAAGGAUUCUUGGACUUCUCUGUGAUGAUGUACCAACUUAAGAUGGAGAGUGUGCUUUGAAACAUUUUCGUCUCUGCAUUGAUCUACAUAUUUUUUAAGUUCAUAGUUUCUCUGUUGUUUUGAAUUAGGUUUCAGUUGUUAAGAUGUAAUGCAAACCGUGGUAGAUGCUAAGAGAAUUUUGAAAGGCACUAUUUUUUUUAAUUUAUUUACUUUUUUUUUGGGGGGGGGCCUCAAAGUCUUUGUGAGUAUGCAGGUUACACUGUUCCAUGCCCAGCUGUGUUAUGUAAUGUUUUGGGGUUAGCAUCGGGGUCUGUAUACCGCAAUAAAGCUAGUCUUUGCUUGUAAAGGACUAACAAAUAUAACAUCAGUAAAAGCAUUACAGAAGUA